AUGAAUAAUGGUGGCGGUCUGAGUUUGUUCCCAUUGCAUCGCACCAAGACCAUUCACCUGGUGAGGCACGCUCAAGGAAUCCACAAUGUAGAAGGAGAUAAGAACUACAAUGCUUACAUGUCACCGGAAUAUUUUGAUGCACACCUUACUGAGCUGGGCUGGCAACAGGUUGUUGACAAUUUGCGUAAACAUGUGCAUUCAACUGGGCUUAUCAAUAAAAUCGACGUGGUCAUCACAUCUCCAUUGACAAGGACCAUUCAAACAGCUGUUGGGGUAUUUGGUGGCAAAGGGUGUACAGAUAACACUGAUAUAUUACCAUUAAUGAUAGCAAAUGCUGGAAACAGCGGCCGUGCUGCAAUCUCAAGUCUAAAUUCCCCACCAAUUCUUGCAGUUGAACAGUGUCGAGAACAUUUGGGAGUUCAUCCUUGUGAUAAGAGGAGGAGCAUUGGGGAAUAUCAAUGCCUUUUUCCGGCUGUUGAUUUUUCACUGAUAGAGAGUGAUGAUGACAGUGCAUGGAAGGCUGAUGUCAGAGAGACCAAGGAGGAGGUUGCAACUCGAGGAAAGAACUUCUUCAACUGGUUAUUUACAAGGAAAGAGAAGGAGAUUGCAAUAGUUACUCACAGUGGAUUCUUGUUUCAUACACUUGCUACAUUGGGCAACGAUUGCCAUCCACUUGUGAAGAAAGAAAUUUCUAGCCACUUUGCCAAUUGUGAGCUUCGCUCGAUGGUCAUCGUGGACAGAAGCAAUGUUGGCUCGGAUUUUUCAUCAACUAAUUAUCCUGGAAAGAUCCCGCCUGGACUCGAUGCGCCUAGUGAUGCUGUUGGCGAUCAAAAUCAAGAGAAAGACACACCCAAUUCAUUGCCCAAGUAA